CAACGUCCCACUCUCCCUUCUUCUUUCAAUUAACACAAAUCCCACCCCGAAACAACUUUCAAUCAUGGAGGGACUAAAGAAAGCCUUUGCGCAAUGCAAAAAGGAGGGAAGACCAGCUCUUGUAACUUACUUUACGGCUGGAUAUCCGACGCCUGAGGAGACUGUGGGCAUUCUGCUGGGCAUGGAAGCUGGUGGCUCAGAUGUCAUUGAGCUCGGUCUCCCAUUUACGGACCCAAUUGCAGACGGCCCUACGAUUCAGAAGUCAAAUACUCAAGCCCUCAAAAACGGCGUCACGGUCUCAUCCACGCUCGAAAUGGUACGAGAGGCACGAAAGAAAGGAUUGAAAGUUCCAGUCCUGUUCAUGGGGUACUACAACCCGAUUCUCAGCUAUGGAGAAGAGAGGCUUUUGAAGGACUGCAAAGAGGCAGGUGUCAAUGGCUUCAUUGUCGUUGAUCUACCUCCUGAGGAAGCAGUGACAUUCCGGAAUUUCUGUACCAAGGGAGGCCUCUCAUACGUUCCCCUAAUUGCCCCUGCUACUUCCGAAUCUCGAAGGAAGCUUCUCUGCAAGCUUGCCGACUCCUUCAUAUACGUCGUCUCGAGAAUGGGUGUCACUGGUGCUACUGGAACACUGAAUUCCGGACUCCCUGACCUUCUGAAGCGAGUCAAAGAAUACUCAGGUGAUAAACCAGUUGCUCUUGGCUUUGGAGUUAGCACAAGAGAGCAUUUCUUAAGUGUUUCCAAAAUUGCUGAUGGUGUGGUUAUUGGAAGUCAAAUUAUCACCACUUUGGCCGAGGCAGCUCCUGGUCAAGGAGCCAAAGCUGUUGAGGACUACUGUGCAAAGGUCGGUGGCCGAAGAGGUGCUCCCAAUGGCGGCCUCACAGGAGAGGUUGGCAUUGUUGAGAGUAUGCAUGAGGCUGCUCAGCCAGAUGGAAAGAAUGUUCAUGUGGACAGGAUCAUUCGUGAUCACGGAUCAGAACCUGGCCUAGUCGACCAGAUUGAAGCUCUCAACACAGACGGCCCAGUUGACCCAACUACUGUCCCGGCCCGUUUUGGAGAAUUCGGUGGUCAAUAUGUUCCUGAGUCACUAAUGGACUGUUUAUCGGAGCUCGAGGAGGGCUUUAACAAGAUCAAGGAUGAUCCUGCAUUCUGGGAGGAGUAUAGAACAUAUUACCCCUGGAUGGGACGACCCGGCCAACUGCAUCUUGCUGAGCGGUUGACCGAGCAUGCUGGGGGAGCUAACAUCUGGUUGAAGAGAGAAGAUCUGAACCAUACUGGAAGUCACAAGAUCAACAACGCUCUGGGCCAAAUUCUGCUUGCAAGAAGAUUGGGGAAGACUGAGAUAAUUGCUGAGACAGGAGCUGGACAACAUGGCGUAGCAACCGCAACUGUCUGCGCCAAGUUCGGCAUGAAGUGCACAAUCUACAUGGGAGCUGAGGAUGUAAGACGUCAAGCCCUCAACGUCUUCCGCAUCAAACUCCUCGGCGCCCAAGUCAUCGCCGUAGAUGCUGGUUCCCGCACCCUCCGUGACGCUGUCAACGAAGCCUUGCGUGCCUGGGUUGUCAAGCUCGACACAACACACUACAUCAUCGGCUCAGCCAUCGGCCCUCACCCCUUCCCAACAAUCGUCCGAACUUUCCAAUCUGUCAUCGGUGACGAGACCCGUGCCCAGAUGCUCGAGAAGCGCGGAAAACUCCCCGAUGCGGUUGUAGCUUGCGUAGGAGGCGGUAGUAACGCAGUCGGCAUGUUCUAUCCCUUCUCCAAAGACCCCUCCGUCAAGCUCCUCGGCGUUGAAGCCGGCGGUGAUGGCAUUGAUACUCAACGCCACAGUGCUACCCUUUCUGGCGGCACCAAAGGUGUGUUGCAUGGUGUCCGCACCUACGUCCUCCAAGACAAGCACGGCCAAAUCCAAGACACACACUCCGUAUCCGCUGGGCUCGACUACCCUGGCGUCGGUCCCGAACUCUCCUCCUGGAAAGACAAUGAGCGCGCAAAGUUCAUUGCUGCUACCGAUGCUGAAGCAUUCAUCGGCUUCAGACUUAUCAGUCAGCUUGAAGGCAUUAUCCCUGCAUUGGAGACUGCGCAUGCGGUGUAUGGUGCCUUGGAGCUAGCGAAGACGAUGGAGAAGGGGCAGGAUGUUGUGAUUUGUUUGAGUGGACGUGGGGAUAAGGAUGUCCAGAGUGUGGCUGACGAGUUGCCCAUUCUAGGACCGAAGAUCGGUUGGGAUUUGAGGUUUUAGCUCCUCCGACUGCUUUCUUGAGGUUGGUAGGGGGAGUCUUGACGCUUGGUGAUGUUUAUGUCACUUGAAUUAGGGAUAACUGGUAGAGAAAUCAAAAGUUUCACGAUGCCAUGGACCUUAACCUUUUCUCUGAGUAUCUCAGUCUACCUUGGCUUUUUUGCAUAUGAUUUAGAGCAGGGAUGGAGGAAGG